UUCCGGUUUUUACAGGAAAAGCCGUUCCUGCAACUCAUAAGUAAUAUUGUAGCCAGGGAAAUGUACAGCGUAAAAUAAUGUGCAUGAUCCUGGUUGAAAUGUUUUUGUUGACAUUGCGAUCAUCGAAUCUGACACUAUAAAGGUUUGGUAAGUGAUAGACAGGUGAGACGAAGAAUCUCGCGGCACCUGCUGCUUUGUCGUCAAGUCUGUAGCUUCCGUCCCAACUUGCUCUGACCUCAUCAGAUUUGCGUGGCUACUAACCCAAGUGAUGUCACACUAUAUGGAAAUGUUAAAUGCAUGAGGCUGAGGGGGUCAAGAGAAGAAGACUGCACGCCACAAUGGCCGAGGGUCAGGAAGGGACUACUACCACGAAUGGAGAGGUUUUCCGUGUUGAGGAACGGCCAGAACAUGGCAUGAAAAUACUACAAGGCCUGAACAAGCUGAAGAAUGAUAAGAUACUAUGUGACGUUACUCUCAUUGCAGAAGGACGCAAGUUCGAUGUCCACCGAGUCAUCCUGGUGUCGUGUUCGGAUUAUUUCCGAUCCAUGUUCACCAGCGGGAUGCGAGAGAGCACACAGAAAGAGAUUGAGCUUAAGGGGAUCACAGCAAAAGGUCUGGAGAAAGUCCUUGAAGUCAUCUACACCUCGACUACCACGCUGGAGGGGGAUGACAUCUUUGACGUCAUUGCCGCUGCUACCCAUUUGCAGGUGACUCCGGUCAUCGAGUUUUGUGAACGCAACUUCCUGAGUGGAAUGACCACUACCAACUUUUAUGAUUUUAUCAACACAGCUAAGCUGUACAGCAUGAACAAUGCCCUGAAGCAGAUUGAUGUGUUUAUAGCAAAAAAUCUGAUGCAGAUAGCCAAAGAAGGAACUCUACAGUUGCUGACAUACGAGCAAAUGCUGAACUGUCUCAACAGUGAGAAGUUAUGUCAGCGUGAGAUCGACAUAUUCCACAUCACCUGGGAGUGGUUGAAACAGUCGCAGGCAUCGGCAGCAGCAGCGCAGUCACAGGAGGACCAUUCUCCGGCUCUCAUGAAGCUGAUCCGAUUUCCUCUCAUCAAUCCCGCCGAUCUGGUACAACAUGUACAGAGAGUUGAGACGAUGAUGACCAACCCCGAGCUACGGCAGAUGGUUCUUGGAGCUCUUAACUACCACGUUGUGCCACACUCUCAGCCCCUCGUCAUGGCUUCAACUGUACAGCUCCGGUCCUACGUGGAGCGACUCGUCAGUGUAGGUGGAAGAGAAAUUCACCCCAAUCCUUGUCUUCAUGAUGAGAUUUUAGUUUUUGAUUCCAAAAUUACUUCCAACAGUUUAUUAAACCGUCAAGAAAUUGCCACCCUGCCUAGUGCUCUUAGUCAUAUGCAGGUGGUGGUGUACAACAACUUCCUGUACGUUCUAGGGGGCUGCACCACGCAGUGUGCCCACGGUGAAUCAGCCGUCAACUCAGUUUUACGAUAUGAUCCACGGUUUGACAGUUGGUUUCAGGUGUGCCCCAUGCUGAACAAGAGAGCAUACUUCUUUGCUGGAGCUUUGAACAAUAAAAUAUAUUCUGUGGGAGGAAAGUUCAAAGAUGGCAGUCUUGCAACAGCCGAAGCUUAUGAUCCUGCAGAGAAUACGUGGGAAUUGAUAUCCUCCAUGCCGAUGUCUUAUCAUGCUCAUGCAGGGGCGGUCUAUGCGGGCCAUAUUUAUAUUUCGGGCGGAUACAGUGGCAACCAUUUUACACCUGAUAUGCAGCGGUAUGAUCCGCAGACCAACCAGUGGGAAGACAUGGCGCCGAUGUUGACACCACGUGGUUGGCAUGUCAUGUGUGCGACACACGACAAAUUAUUUGUGUUUGGAGGAUGCAACUUAAAUGUGAAUCAGCAAGCACAACCAGUGAUGCAGUCCGAGUGCUACGACCCUGCCAUAGACCAAUGGACUAUUAUAGCCCCUCUGUCUAUUUCACAUAAAGAGGCUUCUUGUGUAGUGUACAAUGACCAAAUAUAUGUUCUCGGUGGCUACAAUGUACAAACCAAGACGGGACAGAAGCUGGUGUCGAAGUAUGACAUAUACACUGGUAUCUGGGAGACUGUCGGGGCCCUGCCCAGGAGCCUGACCGGAGUAGGAUAUUGCACUCUGCAGUUACCUUCGUACAAUGUGGAUGAAGGGGACUGAGCAUAUGUACACUCCCGACACGGACUUAAAAUGUGUUCUUGGGCAUACUAGAAAACCUCAGUGUUCAUGGUAUCAAAAUGAUGGAAGAAGUUUGCAAGGAGGAUUUGACCACAUGAAAUAAGCUGUUUAUGUGUAGUUUUGAUGUGAUAUCUAAUAUUCGUUGCUAUGGUUACUUGUACAAGAAGAUCUAUAGUGGUUACUGAUCUUACUGGGCGUAAGGUUGAUAUUACGUGAAACGUUUCGGUUUUUGAAAUACCUUUCUGUGUUUGAAAUUAAGUAUGAGGUCAAAGGUCCUGCUCCCCUUGCGUUACAAAUUGAGGAAUUAGGGGUUCAUGGUUUCAUAGACCUUGAAUACACUGGAGCAGCGACCCAUCCUCUUAAUUUCUGUCUGCCAUUUGGUGAAUCAUAAACUUAAAAAUAUAUCAUAACAUUUUGUAUUCCGACAAAUCACUGUGUGUCCAUUGGUUGAGUUUUCUGUAUGAAAUGCACAGAAAGCCUUCGGUCAUAAUUUUUGCUGUUGUCAGAAAGUAUAUCAUAUUAUGUCAGUACAAAAGUUAAGAAAAAUACCUGAUGUUAAAUUCUUGUGUAUUUUGGUCAUGCUAGAGCACUAAGUGCAUCCCAUAACAAACUGUAUCACACCAAGUUUAAAAUAUUACUAUAUGAAGGUUUCAAAAUUACUGCUUGGGUUCUGCAGUUGUCAAGGUUUAUGAAUUAUGUUAAAUUAAAUGCCACAAGACAAGACUUAUUUCAGUUGGCUUAUUCUGUUGUAAUAGUAUGUAAGCUGGCCAAAAAUAUCGGAAACACUUUAUAUUCUGCUUAACUCCAAUCAUGGAACAUUUUUCAUACAAUAAGGAAUGCAAGGCGAUUAUAUUAACACUACACACUUGACCACAUAUAUUCACAUACCGUUUGUUUUCAAUGAUAAAAGAAAAACUGCUGCAAUUUCUGGUUUACUUUAUAUUAUCCAAUGCUUCUCACAAAGAACUUUUUCUCUUUUCUAAUCAUCCCAUAAACAAGGAAUUAAAAAGCCUGGCCUUUGCUGAAUUUGAAAACAGAAAAGAAAACACGAAAAGAGGCACCAUUACUGACGCCAAGACAAUCAGACACAAACAGUAAGAAGAAAUUAAUGACACAUAAACUCACAAAUUCUCCCUUUUUAUCCCUGCAAAGUUCAACAUUACCAUGUGCUGAAGUUCGUGUGAUCAAUCUACCUGAUGUGUUGAAGCAAGUCACAUUCUGUUACCAUGGUUCCAAUGCAUAUAUACUAGCUGCUGUUUCUGCCUGCAAGUGGAAUUAAUUCAUUCUCUGAUAAAUGUCAAAGUUCAGCAGCUCCAGCAUAACUCUGAACUAUUGUUCCCCCUUAAGAUAUUUUCUCAUCAUGAUGAAACAUCAUACACAAAUAAAAUAAGUUGGAAACGGAUUUUGUUAUGUGAGAAACAAGGGGCAGAUAAUCUUGUCACCUUGGCUGCUACACUGUUGUUGCAUCAAGGCCGUCUUCUGUAUCUCAAGGGCUCGUACGGCAAAGUUCCUUUCUUUAACCCUGGAUCCAUUCCCAUGCUUCUCAGGAGCUUGAAUUACUCGACCUUGACCUUCAUUAACACCUUACUCGUAAAUCAAACAUAAAAAAAUCGUGUUUUUCAAUAUUGUAUUUUACUUACCAAUACCCAGUCUUGCGUGCCGUUUGGUCUAAUUUAUUCUCGGACUAUAACUAUCUUGGCAAGCUAAGAUUUGUCCGGACCAAUUGUAAGUUUUCAUUACAGCUUACAAUGAAUUUAGCCAAAAAACCCUUUGUCUAAGUGGAUCUCGUUUAAUUUAACUGAUUUACAAUAGUUAUUAUGUAAGUGGGCCCUUGAGAUGCAGUAGAUGUACUUACUCUUUCAGGCUGUAACACUACCUGGUGGUUGGUAGGCAAUCAUUUUGAAGACAUAUGCAGGCAACCUCCUUCAGUGGUAAAAUGAUUAGAAUUAACUUUGUAAAAGUUUAAAGCACAUAAUGAGGAGGAGGAAGCUGAGGAUAUAUCCACAACUGUUUACUAUGUUGACAUCUGUGCUUACAAGUAAAUCUCGUAAUAUGGUGAAGGUAAACUAACUAACCAUCGUGAAACCUUUGUUUUAUAUAGUUCUCUGUGUCAAGUUAUUCCAAGAAUAUUGUUGUAUACAUGUACUAAUAUUGUCAGCAACUAUACAAAGAUGAUCAAUUACUAGGGCACAUGGCAUCACUGAAAACCAGAAACGAACACAAGCAGCAUUCUUGUAGUUAUGGAAGUGAAUAUGUUUCAAGAACAUUUAAAUCUGGAUCUCUUUCUUUCCGAAAAGACAUUGAAAUAUUGCUUGGACAUAUAAUGACUUGAGUGGACCCAUGUAUUCUGCAUAAUGGAGUGUGCAUAUAUAAAACCAUGUAAUGAUACCAUGGGAACCACUAUCGCUGGUAACCGAAGUGGAACUAAACAACCUUCUUGCGAACAUCCAGGAACCUAUUGAUCAUUGGUUCCACGUGGAAUCUUUGUGAUAUCUGUUAAUAAUUGUAAAUAGUUUUGCAUUGUGUAUUUCUAGGGACAGUCUCAACAGUUUUAUUGAUUUUAUGUGUAGAAAACAAUGAUCCUUGUCCCAGGUGAUAACACCAUGUAUAACCUGCAGCUGAGGUCAUAUGAAGGCGUGUUCUCAUAGGAAGGGUUGUUAUCCGUAUCACAUACAGAGGUGCAGAUACAGUACAUAUUACAAUGCUACCACGUGUAAGCCUUGUGGUUAACUGUUGGAUGAUCAGUUUUAGAUGUGAGCGUCGGUGAGUGUUGAUCAUAUACUGUGUCAGCAGCUGUGUACGGUGAUACAUUGUUGUCAUCUCUGUACUCCACCAUCAAGCUGCAUGUGUUACCAUGACAACUAAUCAUGGUACUGCAUCAUGUAGCUGUUCCUGUUGUGAUCUCUGACAGACCACUCUCUCUCUACCACAGCUCAUCAAAUCAGUGUGCUGUUUCUUUAGUUAAGGAUCUUCAUGCAUCUUCGUCUGUGUCAGUCGGAGGCCAUUUCAGGUUAGAAUAAGUCCCCAGCAACCUGUUUGAUGUAAGAAGCAACUAAAUCGUCCAGAUGGUGUGACUGUUGAUGUCUGUGUACCCUGAAAGUAUGGGACAUUACGGAACUGGUUUGUGUCGUCCCGACUCUCUCAUGGGGCACAGUUGCUGAGCGCAUCGGCAUCAAACAACAAACUGUCUGAUAUUGUGUCAGUAGAAACCCAUAGUAAAAUAGUAUUUAUGAACAUUGUUGUGUAAGGAAAGAUUUUGUUGAGAAGUAAAGAAAAGAUAAUCUGAAGCAUUUUUAUGUUUUUCUGAAGGCAAACGUGUUUUCUGCAAAUGAAGUUACAAUAUAUAAUAGGUUAAACUUGGAAAACUGAUGAGGCAUGCAUGACCUCAUGACGACAUGAUCAGGUAUUGUGAUUAAAAAGUCUCAGAUAUGUUUUUAAAUCCUUAUUUUUGCUUUCACCUACUGACCAGAAUGAGUUCUUGUGAAAUUGCAUUUGUUUCCUAGGUUGUGAAUUAUUGACAUUGUUUUCCUGAUGCAGGGAUCUUGAAGAAUGAAAGGACCAAAAAAAGUGUUGCACUAAAGUAUGCUAAUGACAAAAAGUUACUAAAUUUGCCCCAGAUAUUAUUCAAAAUCCUUUCCCAAAUAUAAUCAUGAAUUCAUAUGUUCUUAUUUGUAUUGCUGUCUCAUCUUCUUUUCAAUCCAUAUAUUUUGCUUAUUUAUUUUUGGGCCAUCCUGCAUCUGAAGAUUUUGACCUAGGAUAUCUGUAAAACAGAAAUAAAAUAAUUUAAUACCCCAAGUGUUUCUAAUGUGUAUAGAAUGUGUAUACUGCCUAUGAAAGGGCCACAACAUCUUCAACAAUUUAUACUGGUUGUUGUGACAACGGGGUGCAAAGUGAUGUAAGAUACAGCUAAGCAACAAUUAAAGUUGUGUAACACAGAGACUAUGCACAGUGCAAAUGUCCGUUCAUUCAAAUUAAAUUUACCUGCCUCAGAAUAUUUUAUCAGUUUCCAUUCAAAAUUCUUUCCUGAGGAGCCCUCGUUCACACUUCAGGUUGUCAAGAAUUGAUGUUCAGGGAGUUUUGCACAUUCAGUGUGUCGACCAUCAGUUUGCUGAGUGGGUGAUGAGACAUUACAGCAACAUACACAGAUAAUGUGGGUUUAAGUCUAGUAGCUACCUUUUUGUAUUUAUUGAGACCAUCAGGAUGAUGCUGAGGGUCUAGGACAACUGCCAUCUAGGACAAUUGUCCUGCUCUCGAUGAUGAAAACAUGAUAAAACAAUAAACAGUCUCUUUUACUUGAUUGUGUUGUGAAGAGGCUCCAGAACAAAUUCUGUCAUGUAUUAUUGUUUCUGGAUGAUUUGCAUCAUUUGGCCAAAAGAAUUGUCUCAGGAUUUAAAGGAACGCCCGUUGUCAUUUGACUAAAGUAAUGGCCAUGACAGAUUAAAUACAGUCUUUAAGAAAAUAUAAGGCCUUUCAACAACCUCACCUAGUUGUUGACUACAGUCCAUCGGUGUCUAACAAAUAUCAACAUAUUCUAAAUGAUCUUUUGUCAAUAGUACAGUUUAAAAGGCUUCACUGCUAUGGUCAUUUUUAGACUUAAAAACAUUAUGUAUUGAACAAGUAUAUGUUAUUUUUGUUCAAGAUGUGUUAAUAUUUUUCAGUGUUAGAAAAGUAUUGUGAAGAACAAAUGUAAUACCUGGUGGUUGUGGACCACUGAAGAUGCUGUUGCUUCUUGGGCAAGAGAGAAUCAGUGUAAUACAGAUGUUUUCCACACCUCAUUUCAAUAUCUUUACAACUAAUCUUCAUUUUGGGUUGUAUAUCUUUCUGGAAUGGCAAGAACUCCUAACUUGGACUUGAUUUUCAUGUAAUUUUUUAUGUGAAUAUUAUGACAACCAGGAUGCGAGUCUUAUUGCAGUGUUGUUGGUGGAGUUGUAAGGAAGCUGGUACAGAUUACUGUGAACAUUCAUCCAAGAUUUCCAGCAUGGGUAGACAAUGAUAUGGGGUGGAGAGUGUAUACAUGGGUAGAACUGACUUUUCAGUUGACUUUUAUAUUAUGAUUUGUCAUGAAAUGGAUAGUGUUAUCAAUGCUAUAGACCAAUCUGGUAAUUUUGGUAUCACAACUUAACAGUAUGGAAAUGGUCACCUGGCUGAAACUGUGUUCAAUAAACUCCAUGCUGGGGUACACAUGCUUCAAUUACCCUAGAAAAUGAGAAGGGUGAUCGUAAGAUGACAGGUCUUUUGUAACAGCCAUGGGUGCAGAUCAUUUAGAGGUGUAUCUUAGAUCAUGGAAAUCAGUCAAGCUCUAUUGCCAAGAAUUUUCUAAAUUUGAAAAGUGAGCAGCUGUGUGACUUAUGAAUGGGAUAUAUGAUCAGGAGAUUAUGUAUGCUGAUACAUGAGGGGUGACAGAUAUGUGAUGGGCCCACCAUAAGCCUUGGAUAUUACCAUGUUUGUUGCUGUAUGUGAUAUUUGUCAUACAAAUACACUUUUGGCAUUUCAGUUGCAUUCAAAUACAAUUAUAUCAGAUGUAUAUUUAGAAACUACCGCAGAUUGGCAACCAUUUUAUAUUAAGUACGGGGGCGCUGGCUUGGUGUUGUCCUGGCACUGACAGCACAUUUUUCAGAAAGUCCAGGGUGUCCCAAGGCCAAGUUUUGUUUUUGUGAUAUCUCAACAAGUACAAGGUCAACCCCUUAGCGAACUCAUUUCGAAUCCCCUUACAAAGGGGGCAGAGAGCUGGACUUGUAGAGCCUUUCAAACUGAAUCUGCCUUAAAUAUGAAAUGUCAAGAAAGGGUCUUAACUUUCAAAAACUCUUUCGUGCUACUCAAAAAUGUUAAGGAGUGUCCCAUUCUUACUAUUACUAUACAUGAAGCUAAUCUGUCAUGCCGUUCACUAUAGUAAUGCAAUUGGGUGGACCUGAAUUUAUUUUGAGCAGGAUAAAUCUUGAUCUGGAGAUGUCAGAAGACUUGAAGUAAUUACUGGUACUUGUCCUAUGGCAACCUGUAAUACACGUAACAGUUUGUACACUGAGUCCAUCCUGUGAUUACAACCUGAGUCAAUGCUUGACUGUUGCCUGGGGCAACGUGGUGCUGUAGAAUGGUGCCCAUGAAAGUUGUGAAGGAACAGUGAAGGGGCGCUGCUGGCCAAGACGUUCAAUGUGCAGUGUUGGAUUGCAUCUGCCGGUCUAGGAGCUGUUAAUCUCAUCUUUGCCUAGAUUGUGUGGUAUGUGACUAUAUAGUUUCUCCACCAUGGUAAACUUCACGAGGCAAGUCUGACACAGAGGAGAAAUGGUGUGGCAUUCUACCCAACUCCCUCCCUCGGUGAACAGCAUCACGUGAGCAAAGUCUGACACAAAGAAAUGGUGGCAUUCUACCCAACUCCCUCCCUCGGUGAACAGCAUCACGUGAGCAAAGUGACACAGAGGAGAGAUGGUGGCAUUCUACCCAACUCCCUCCCUCGGUGAACAGCAUCACGUGAGCAAAGUGACACAGAGGAGAGAUGGUGGCAUUCUAUCCAACUCCCUCCCUCGGUGAACAGCAUCACGUGAGCAAAGUGACACAGAGGAGAGAUGGUGGCAUACUACCCAACUCCCUCCCUCGGUGAACAGCAUCACGUGGGGCAAGUCCGAGAGGAGAAAUGUCCACAAACUAUCUCAUGCAGGUCUGGAUAGUGAUGUAUUUAUAAGUGUAUGUGUAUUAUUUUGAGAGGAACAUAGAUAAUAAGUUAUUAGAACUAUUCUGAAGUACCAUUAAUUAUUCUACUUGAAAAAAAGUUAAAGAACACCUGAUUUUUUUUCAACUGACCAAGUGUUAUCUGUCGGGACUAUGACAGAUAACUGUAGUCAUGUUAACAGAUUGUCUGUAACUGAAAGAGUCAGAUGUUCUUUACUUGUUUUGAGUAGUAUAUGUUAAAGGACAACUGCUUUCACCACAUUCACAAUAUAAGUUAUCACAUCGUGUCUCGGGAUAUACAGGGUUUUAUCAGUCCCGAGUAAGGUUGUAUUCCCCGAGCCGGAGGGACUGAUAAAACCCUGUAUUUCCCGAGACACGAUGUGAUAACGCAUUUAUUUAACGUUUUGCUUUAAUUUCAUUCUCAGCUGUUGUGGCAAAACGUGUCCUUGCUGCCAUGUUGACAACAGCUGAUCGAUUGACCUCAAUGCAGCGCACGUUACUAAAGGCUUGGCGAUGCGGCUUUUCUCACUUCGCGUGGUCACCGAGGCGUGGCGGGAUAAUAUGACUUUUGUACUCCCUGCUCGCGGAUCAUGACGGGUGUACAUGGUAUUUUAUCAGAGUCACGUGAACCAAUCAAAACUCAACAUUCUUACAUGAGGCUGGAUAAUGGUUGUUUGUUUCAGAGCUCCGAUCCAAUUGUGCAAGUUUGCCAUCAAACAUACUGAAAGGUGAACUUAACCCUUUCAAGUAUUUUUGGUUGAAUUUAAGAGUAGAAUAUGACUGUCAGAAAUACCUAGCUGUUGUUAUUGAUACUCAUUACCAUUUACAUCUGAUCUGAAUAGUUGUUGCCAUGGUGACUGUUUUAUAAAACCUUUGACUGGUAUCCCCAGCCUGAACUUCACAUGGGUGAAUAGUCAGUCCCCUGGAAUACAGCGUGCAUCGUGAUUUUAAGAUUACUCCAAAGCAGGCAGUCGUAAGUUUUAUUUUGUCUUUUUACUGUUUCUGUGUCUGAUCAACUGGGACAUGUGCAGAAAGUCCUUUACACACUGUUCAGUGAUUUUAUUUUAUAAGAUAAAAUGUGAUAUUUGAACGGACAUGUUUCUGCACAGUCAUCAACUAUGACAUGAAGGUGAUCGUCUAGGUCUGUUUUAUCUUCAAUAUCAGAAUUGGAAACGAUGAAGCAAUUGUCAUGCUUUAAUCAAUUUUGAGUGAAUAUACAUUGCAAACUAA